UUAGCCGAUUAAUCAAAUGUUUCAUAUACUUAAUACAAAUUAUAUGAUGAAAAUGAAUUCUUGGUUUAGAGAUGAAAAGACCCAAACCGGUGGUUUGAUGGUUUUCCUUAUAAAAAACAAGUUCAAAAACAUAAUUACGCUCGCUCUCUUUCACAAAGACGAUGGCUCAAAAGCAAGAAGAAGAAGAAGAAGUAAAGAAAAGCUUCGCCCAUCUUCCAUACGACGUCACCGAGCACUGCCUCGCAAUCGCCCCGAGACGUCAUUACCCGAACCUCUCUCUCGCCUCCAAAUCCUUCCGCCGUAUCCUCCGUUCCCCGGAGCUCUACCAAAGACGCUCCACCCUCGGCGUCACCGAACCCGUUCUCUACGCCUCCGUCGGAUUCCCUCCCUCCCAAACCCCGAGCUGGCACACUCUCCACCGCAACCACUUUUCUCUACGCCUCCUCAAGAUCGCAUCACUCCCUUCCCGCCUCCUGAGCGCCGUCGCCACAGUCGGAACGGAGAUGUACGUUCUCGGCGGAAGCGUCGGCGGGAACCCCACGUCGGACGUGAAUCUCAUCGACUGCAGGUUCCACACGAGCCAGACGCUCCCGAGAAUGAAAAGGGCUCUCAGCCGGGCGGUGGCCGGAGCCAUCGACGGGAAGGUGUACGUCAUCGGAGGGUGCAGGAAGAAGUCUGACGAUUGGGUCGAAGUCUUUGACGUAAAGACUCAAGCUUGGCGCGAUAUGCCAGCUGUCUUGCCACGUGCUCACUGGGAAGGACAGUUCGUGACAUGUGCCGUGAUGGACGGCAAGAUUUUCGUUUUGGACCCGAGUGCUACUUGUUUGGUUUUCGAUCCCAGUGUAGGUGCUUUGGUGGAGUGGGACGAUGGAGGCGAGCUUAUGAGUCUGUGGCAAGCGUCGUCGUGUGUGGUUGAUGAUAAGUUGUAUACAAUUGAUACUGGGCGUUCUCUCAAGUAUCCGAUCGUUGUGUAUGAUCCCAAGGCAAAGGUGAAGAGGUGGAAACCAGUUUAUGGUGUAAAUUUGAGGAGAGAUUUGCUUCCUUUUGAUUCUUGAUAUAACUCCAAAAUAGCGAAUCUUGGUGGGAAGUUGUUGAUUCUGGUUGGUAAUAACCCCUGGCCUCUUUUUCAUUACGGGAGACAAGACGUGUGGUGCGUAGAGAUUGCUUUGGAAAGACACGGAGAUGAUAUUUGGGGGCGUGUUGAAUCAACUAUGCUGGUGCUUACAUCACAUAACUGGCCUUCCAUUGAACUUUCUCGAACUGUUACUCUUUGAUGAUGCUCUUGAGAUGGGGUUGCUUGCAGGUACGUAACUAUGGUAAAUUCUGAGCUUGCAGAUGAAGGAUUAUUAGUUCAAGUCUCAAGGCUUAGUUAUGUUUUCAUUAACUUUGCAGGUGAAGGAACUUUUUUUUUAUUGCAUCUACUGUUUUAGCAGCUUCUUAAUACGAGAGCAUAUAUGAAACAAGCAGCUCUUAUCUGCCACCUCAAGAGUAAUUCUUCCUUCUUAAAACUCUCUGCAUAGUGUGAAUACUCUUUACAGAUUUGGCCUUGAGUAACCAUUGUUGUAGCUGCCUCG